AUGGCGACGAUGGCGUGGCUACCGGCCGUCGCCCUGCUACUGACAGCAGCGGCUGCCGGCCAAGAUUUGACACCGACCGAAGGGAAUCGACCGCGACCACCGGCCGGCGACGCCGAAUCGCCCGAUCGCAUCAGGAUCCCGCGACAAUUGCUGCCGUCCGGGCUGCUGCCCGCUCGGAACGCCGCCGACAAGCUCCCGAACGCCGAGAGGCAUCCCCGGAAACGACAAUUAGUUGAUCUUGCGGCGAAUUUCCAACCGCUCCCGCUGGCCGCGCUGCCGCUGCACCGGGCCGCGUUCGGCGGGAACACCAAGACCAACGAUGUCUCGAACAUCCAGGAGCCGGUGAAACAGGCGAUCGAGUCUCGGAUAUCCUCCGCGCCGCAGAUCACGUUCAUCACGCCGCAGAUCGGAACUGCUAACAGGAGGAUCCACGGCUACGACGGUCACCAAUCGGCCAGUUUCCAUCACACACAUGGACAUCACCAUGGACAUCAGCAUUCUCAUCACCAUGGACAUCACGCGCAUCACAAGCAUCACGAGGAGCAUAAGCAUGAACACGGGCAUAAGCAUCACCAUGGACACGAGCAUAAACAUGGGCACGACCACCACGAAGAGCAUAAACAUCACGAGGAACACAAGCAACAUCACGAUCAUAGUCAUCACCAUGGACACGAGAGUCACCACGGACACAAGCACCAUUCCGAUCACAAGCAUCAUCACGGACACGAGCAUAAGCACGAGCACGGUCACAAGCAUGACCACAAACACGGACACGAUCACAAGCAUCACGGUGAACAUCAGCAUCACCACGGGCAUCAGCAUCAUUCCAAGCACGAGCAUCACGAGGAGCAUAAGCAUCAUGCCGAGCACCACCACCACCACAAGCAUCACCAUCACAACGAGCAUCACCACCAUCACGAGCAUCACCAUGUUAACGAGCAUCACCAUCACCAUUCUCACAAGGAGACCGAGAACCAUCACCAUCACCAUGGACACGAGCACAAGGAGGAUCACAAGCAUGGACAUCACCACCACGAGCAUCACAAACACCACGAGUCGCACGAGCACAAGCAUGCGCAUUCCCACGAGGAGGGUCACAAGCAUUUCGACGAGCACGACCACAAGCAUCACCACGACGGCCAUCACAAGCACCACGAGGAGCAUCAUCACGCGGCGUUCGAACAACACGGACACGAGCACUUCAAAACGGUCGGCCAUUACUUCGACGCCUCGCAGAACCACGAGGAGUACGUGUUCCCGGAGGAGAGCGAGGCGGUGGCUGUGACGCCGCCAGUCGAAGAUAUACUUAAGAUUAACAAGAAGGAACCGGAAGUCGCGGCGACCGCCGAUAAUCCAACGGCGACUCAGGCUUAG